AUGACGAGGGAUCCAGAAGAACAGACGAGGCAGAAGCGCCGCCUGCUCUACCAGGUCUCCUCUAGGAUCGUCGCCUGCGCCGCCUCGGCGGUGGCGGCGCUUCUCAUGGCCUUCAACCGGGAGACCACUGUCUACGGCGGCGUGGAGAUUGACGUCGACUACACCGCCGCCUCCGCCUUCAAGUGGUCUUCCUCAUCUAUGUUUCGCGGAUAACUCCUCUCUCACUAUGCAAUCUCUUACUAUUUCUCCCCCCGGUUUUCUGCAGAUUUCUGGUCGCCGGCGAUGCAGUGGUGAGCGUCUACUGCCUGCUGUCUCUGGUGUUUUUGGUGGCGCGUCAUGACCAUGGCGGCCUCCUGCAUGUCCUCGACCUGGUAAGUAGAGUUCCGAGCCGGAGAGAGAGAGAGAGAGAGAGAGAGAGAGAUAGGUCUCAACCUCUCCUCCUGAUUGUAGAUGGUGAUGGUCCUGGCAAUGGCGGCGCUGGCGGGGGCGGCAGCGGUGGCUCAGGUGGGGAAGUACGGAGAACCGGAGGCGGGGUGGGUUGCGGUGUGCGGCUACUUUCCCGACUUCUGCAACAGGGCGGGGCUCUCCCUGGCCAUGUCCUUUCUCGGCUUUGCUUCCUGCUUCCUGUGCUGUGCCAUGCAUCCCGUAUCUGCGGCGAGCCACGGCGCCGCCGCCGCUGUUGCGCCCAACCUGUGAUGAGCUCUGGGAGAACCGAGGCCUAGAGACGAAGGGAGCCGAUGCCCCUCCUCAUAACUGCUGCUCGAAUCUCAUCGAUGAGUUGUAGAUUUCUUGCCUCGUGGUGAGACCGGAGGAUCUCCGUGGAAACCUCCUGUUUCCUCUCUCUCUCUCUCUCUCUCUCUCUCUCUCUCUCUCUCUCUCUCGAUUUGCAUGGUUGGUAGGCUAGAACUCAAAUGGGAUCGGAAGAACUUGGUGAGCUCUUCUUGGAGUUAAGGCCGGAAAUGGUCUCCACGAGGGACUGACCAGGUGAAGCUCGGGCUGUGGUUCAUAUGGGCACGAGAGAUAGAUAGAUAGAUAGAUAGAGAGAGAGAGAGAGAGAGAGAGAGAGAGAGAGUCAUGAAAAUUGAAGUUUACAAUAAUUUAAGGUGAUAUUUAUAGAGUUAGUAUAGUUUCCACUUAUUCCCAUUUGAAUUCACUCCAAUUGUUUUCCUCUGGUACCUGAUUAAUGUUUAGUUGGAGUAAAAAUAGUAAAUUUAAAAAUAAUUAAAAAAUUUAUUUCUCAUAUGAGAAACCCCAAAUAUAUGCAUUAUAAAAGUAAUACUUUUCGUAGACUUACAUUUAUCUGUAAAAAUAUCAAGGUAAAGUGAUAAACAUAAAGGCAUUGAUUAUGAUACAUAUCAUGUUUAGGGCAUAUUGUUGUUAGUUACUGUGGUAGAUUCAAGAAGGGAUUUAGAGAGAGAGAGAGAGACGGAGGGUAACUACCAUCGAUUAAGGACAUCAAAAAAGUCAACUUUACAAUAAUUUUAGCUAACCCAACUCGCCACAAGCACUAAUAAAAUAUCGCUGGAAAUCACGGAAAAACAGCCAUUUUUUUACGCGUGUACCGUUUUAACCGAGCCUAAAUCUCUGGGUUACGUUGAGAGGAUCAUUCAUUUGCAGCUUACCUUCUCCGUCCCGCUCUUCUCACAGAGAGAGAGAGAGAGAGAGAGAGAGGUGGCGAUGGGGAAGAGGAUGACGUUCCCAUUGCACCAGGUCUUCUGCAGGAUCAUCACCUCCAGUCUCACGGCGCUGGCAGCCGUCACCAUGGCCCUCAACAGGGAAACCAGCAACUUCGGCUCCGUCAAGAUGGAAGCCGACUGGACGACCAUUUCCGUAUUCAAGUGAGAUUCAUAGAUGCUCUCUCCUCUCUUACGGUUUCCUUCUUCAUCUUCAUCUUCAUGUUCGUCUCCGACAGGUUUUUCAUCGUGGGGAACGCGGUAGUGAGUAUUUACUCCCUGGUAUCUCUGGUCUUCUUCUUGUCGCGGAACGCGAGAGCGGGCCUCCUCCAUGUUCUUGAUCUGGUACGCUGAUAAACCCUAAUCCUUUCAUCUCUUUGGUAUGGUUGGAUUUGUGCGUUAGAUAUCCUCUCUUUUUUUUCGCGGAUUAUUAGAUAUAUGGAGAGAACAAAGCCCCGUUGUUGUUUCUCGGAAUUAUCUCUUCUAACCAGUCCAAAUGAGGAUUAGAAGAGUAAAAACCCUAAUAGAGGAAGGAAAAGGACGACCUACUGCUCCAUCAAGCGUAUGAAAGAGAACCUUAGGAGAGGAAUGCGAGGGCCAUCCAGCGUCUGCGAGAAAACCCUAAAAGAGGAAGAGAAGGGGGGCCGACCAUCGUGUUUGUCAACCUUCGAUAAAGAAACCCUAGAAGAUGAGAAAGAGAAGGAUCAACUGUCUCUCAGAUCCAUCGUCGGUGAUAAAACCCUAAUAGAGGAAGGAGAAGGACGAAUGGUGACCUGUUUAUCACAUCCCAUCGACCAGAAAACCCUAGGAGAGGACCCAUAGCAGGGACCUCCAUUCAUGCGGUGGCGGCGAUCCAUAAAUCACCCGCAACCCAUGAUUGUAUGUUGACUUUAUAAAUACUUCCUACUAUAUCGUCAUCCCCUCUUGGGCGCAGACGGCGAUGGCUCUGGCGAUGGCGGUGGCGGCGUCGGCGGCGGCGAUCGCUCACGUCGGCAAGUACGGCGAGCCCAAAGCCGGCUGGGUAUCGGUUUGCGGCUACUUCCCGAACUUCUGCCACCGAACGGGCCUCUCCCUGGUUCUGUGCUUCGUCGGCUUCAUCAGCUGCUUCCUCUCCACCGCCACCAUGCACGUUGCUGGCGCAGAUCCCCAACUAUGA